UAGCCUUGAGCUUGAUGUCUCAAUUAAAACGAUCUUAUCCACGAUAUUCUUCGUUACUUUCUUGUAUUGAUGAUUAUGAGUUCCAAUGUAGUCUUGGAAAAGGCAGUAUGGGAAAAGUAAAACUAGGCGUUCAUAAUGUCACUGGAGAAAAGGUGGCUGUCAAAAUCGUCAAAAGAGCUCAAUUUCAAAUCAAUGGCUAUGGACAAACAACAAAAGAACAACAAGCCAAAGUCAAAGCCAAAGAAGAGAUACCACAUAUCAUGAUGCUACUUCGUCAUCCACACAUUGUUCAAUUGAAAAAUCUAGUGACUGUCGGCCCUUAUUUCUACAUCAUCAUGGACUAUGUCAAUGGAGGCCAAUUACUGCAUUAUAUCGUCAAACAAGAAAGACUCACAGAACCUCAUGCCCGUCAAUUUACACGCCAAAUACUGAGUGCAUUGGACUAUAUGCACCGCAAUUCAAUUGUCCAUCGCGACCUUAAGAUUGAGAAUAUCUUGAUUGAUCGGGAAGGACGUAACAUCAAGAUUAUUGAUUUUGGACUGUCCAACUUGUUUUGUCCUGAAAGAAGACUGACGACUUACUGUGGUUCAUUGUAUUUUGCAGCACCUGAAUUGCUUUAUGCUACACCUUAUCGAGGACCUGAAAUUGAUGUUUGGAGUUUAGGUGUGGUCAUUUAUGUGAUGGUGACAGGCUCUGUUCCUUUUGAUGAUAAGUCCAUGCCUGGCUUGCAUGAUAAAAUCAAGCGUGGACAAGUUGCUUAUCCUGCACACUUGAGUCCAGCAUCUCGAGAUUUGCUUUCUCAUAUCUUUAUUACUGAUCCUGUUAAACGGAUCAUCUUGGCAGAUAUCAUGCGUCAUCCAUGGGUCAAUCAAGAUCACACACGUCCGAUCCGAAACUAUUUGCCACUCAGGAUGCCUAUCAAACCACCUUUGGAUCCAAAUAUCUUGCAGCGUAUGACCCGCGGCUUUAAUAUGGGUACAGUACAAGAUAUUCAAGCCAAGAUGGAAAUGAUCAUUCAAUCCGAUCUCUAUUGUUCGGCAGCUAAUCAAGUGUUGCAUAUACAACAACAGCAGGAUAAUAAGACAAGAGCUUAUGAUGACCCGCAAACUGUGCCAGCAGCAUAUCACCCUUUACUUUCUAUUUACCAUUUAACAAAAGAACGCUUUUCUUUUUCCGCAGCGAAUGAUACACAAAUAAGUACAUCUUCGUUUGAUUUGAGUAAAAUGCCCGAGAAACCAACCAAAUCCAGCUUUCUUCAUAGAUCCACUUCAUCUUUAGCAGCUAUUUUUGCUAAAGUGAUGUGUACACGUUAA